CUGACUAUGGCGGCAGCGAGGCCUCCAAUUCGGAGCCCUGUGAAGAGAGGCCCCAGCGGCCAGAAUCCCAGCCUCUGCCACAGCCUCUCGCCCGGCACGUCUCCCUGAGGGAGGUCCAGACCAGGGCGGCCUCUCCACAGUGCCCUGAGGGGCCCACAGCUGCUCUGCAACGAGCCAAUAGCUUCCAGUCUGCAACCCAGAGCAAAUACCAGAACUGGAGAAGAGAAUUCCAGUCCAGUUUAACAUCAAUGAACAAAAGAACUGUGUCACCUCCAAAGGAACCUUCUCCAUCUCUUCCUUUUUCUUCAUUGUCCUCUCCUUCGUCUUUUCCGACAUCUUCUUCCUCUUCAGCCAGUAUUCCUAGGAAUGCUCUGGAUGGUUCCUCUCCACCUCAGGUGACAGCUUACGACCCCUCCUCACAGGCCUCAAGAGGUCAUCACAGUCCUCCCACCCCAAUCUUUCUGAGGCGAGCCAGAGCCCAAGGGGCACCCAGAGACAUUCCCCUCUAUAUACCCCAUCGCCCAGAGCUGGAGUGGGCAGAAUACUGCCUGGUGAGCCCUGGCAGAGACGCAAGCCCUGCAGAGAGGACUUCUGAUGGGUGCCAGGAGGCAGAGGCCCCUUUCCGGGACACCAGAAGCAUCCACAGAGACCCACACCCCAUUGGGGAUAAGGACAGGUGCAUGCCAGACCAAGAGCUGUCUCCCAGGGGUGGAGAAGACCCAGGAGGAUGGAGUAUUGGACCCAGGAGGCGAGAGGAGGCUGGGCCAGAGCUGGCGGAGGAGAAGAAGUCCGGCUUAAAGAAGUUAGUCCUCACUCAGGAGCAGAAGACCAUGUUGCUGGAUUGGAACGACUCCAUCCCAGAGAGGGUGCGCCUGGAGGCUGGGGAGCGGCCUUCCCAGCAAAGUGCUGAGAAUGUAAGAGGAGGCCGAAUGCUGAAACCAGUCCGCCCCUUGCUGCUCCCUCAGGCGGCGAGAGAGACCCUGCCAGCCCAGAGAGAGGCUCGGGAGGAGAUGGGGGCCCCGGCAGAACGAGCCCCAGGGGAGCGCAGCGUGCCCCCACCGCGGUCCCCCCUGCGACUCAUAGCCAAUGCCAUCCGAAGGUCCCUGGAGCCCCUCCUCCCCAACUCCGAAGGUGGGAAGAAGGCCUGGGCCAAGCCAGAAUCCAAAACUUUACCCACUCGCUUCCUCAGCCUUAGGAAAACCAGUUGCAACAAAGACCGGGACCAGCAUUCCCCGGGGAGAACCGUGGCAGGCAGGGCCCCAGCCUUCUUCUCCCUGGGAACCCAGUCCUCAGACCUCAGCCCUCCUGACCCUGCCCUCCGCACCCACAGUUUGCCCAAUCGGCCAUCCAAGACCUUUCCUGCCCUCACGUCCCCACCCUACAGCAAGAUUGAAGAUGUCCCCACGCUUCUCGAGAAAGUGAGUUUGCAAGAGACCUUCCCAGAUGCUUCUAGGGUUCCAAAGAAAAGAAUCUCGCUGUUUUCCUCCCUCAGACUCAAAGACAAAUCUUUUGAGAGUUUCCUCCAAGAAUGCAGACACAGAAAGGACAUCGGGGACCUCUUUGGUAGCCCCAAGGGGAAGGUGCAGCCCAUGGACGGCGCCCAGCACCUAGAGAAGCCGGUGCAGCCUUUCAGAAGCACCUCCCUGCGACAGGCUGCCCACCCUCCUCCUCCAGCGGGAGAUGCAAGCUCCAAGCACACCCCCAUCAGAGCACAGGUAACAGAGGCUGCCUCUUCUACCAGCUCCUCCUCUGCAGAUGAAGAAUUCGAUCCCCAGCUUUCCUUGCAGUCAAAGGAAAAGAAGACACUUAGAAGACGACGGAAGCUGGAAAAAGCAACGAAGCAAUUGGUUAAGCAAGAAGAAUUGAAAAGACUCUACAAAGCUCAGGCCAUCCAGAGGCAGCUGGAGGAGGUGGAAGAGCGGCAGAGGGCUUCCGAGAUCCAGGGCGUGAGGCUGGAGAAGGCGCUGCGAGGAGAAGCAGAUUCAGGCACACAGGAUGAAGCACAGCUUUUGCAGGAAUGGUUUCAGCUGGUUCUGGAGAAGAAUAAAUUAAUGCGAUAUGAAUCGGAGCUCCUAAUCAUGGCCCAAGAACUGGAAUUAGAAGAUCAUCAAAGCAGACUGGAACAGAAAUUAAGAAAGAAAAUGCUCAAAGAGGAGAGCCAGAAAGAUGAGAAUGAUCUAAAAGAGGAGCAAGAAAUAUUCACCAAGAUGAUGCAAGUGAUUGAGCAAAGGGAUAAACUCGUAGAUUCCUUAGAGGAACAGCGCGUCAAAGAAAAGGCUGAAGACCAGCACUUUGAAAGCUUCAUCUUCUCCAGGGGCUGUCAGCUGAGCAGGACGUGAUGAGGCCCGUGGUCCCUGUCCCUCGCAGCAAGCCGGGGACCGGACCAGGCCAAGCACCCCACACGUGCUCACAGGUCCUUUCGUGGGAUUUUAUCAUCCGUGGGACUUAAGUUAUAUUCUACUGCAUUUUUUAAAUAUUAAAAUUCUCUUGCA